UGGCAGUGCUGAAAGACACUUGCAAUAUUCAUCAUAAAAUGGUUAACGCAAGGGUGUGAUAAAAAGUGUUUGUUGUGCUUUGUGAUUAACAAUUAGUUAAAUUAUUGCUACAGAAAAUACACCAGAGAUAAAAUGAUUGUGUUAACUGUCAAAACUUUGGAUUCUCGGAAUCAUGACUUUACUGUAGAGGACGAUAUUACGGUAGCACAAUUUAAGGAGCACAUCGCAGAUACUGUAAACAUUCCAGCUGAUACACAGAGAAUUAUUUACUGCGGUCGUAUUUUGCAAGAUUCUACCAAACUCAGCGAAUACGAUGUUAACGGAAAAGUGGUACAUUUGGUGCAGAGACCACCGCCCUCGACUAAUCAACCGAACCAGCAACGUCCCGAAUCUCCAACUAUGCAUCCACAUAUGCAUCGGCGCAUACGGGGAGUUGAGUAUCUAGGUUCGUUACGCUUACCAGCAAACGCCAUGGAUCAAAUGCCUCCGCUUCCAACUCAUAGUCUGGCGGCCAGUCGGCUUAAUGUUGCGAAAAGGAUGUUGCGUCGGGCCAACACUAUUAUCGGCACAUUAGAAAAUCCGACUCGUCCCACCGAUCAAUCAACCCAAGAUGCACAGGGCGAAGUAACACCGGUCUUUGAAGCGAGAGUUAUUGUACCAAAUGUACAAGAGAACGAGUCUCUUGAACGGCAGGAUACAAUUACUGCGAUCAACUCACUGAUGAACGCAUUGGCCAACGAACCGCAAACAACAUCCCCUCCAAGUGAUGUCCAAGUACAUAUCUCUGACUCGACUCCUCCAAUCAACGCCGAAGGGGACUUACAUUCGGCAUCUUCCACACCCGAAACAACAACACCUCUGGCCAGUUCUUCUGAGAAUCUGACUGCUGUCGGCGAUGAGCCGGCCAAUCCAAGCACAGCAAACGAAGACGACACUGCUACAAGCGCCAACACCGCCAGUAAUGUGAAUUCAGAUACAAUUUCUCGUACGACUGAGUAUGCUGAGCUGUUGGAAUCACUAAACACCAUUCAGACACGCUUUGCGCCAUUUAUGGAACAAUACCUCAACUUUAUGCGCGAAGAUCCUACUGUCACGCUAGAGAACGCACGUUCCACUCAGGCGAUGAUUAAUAGAGUGUCGGAGGUCUUGCACACCUUGGGUCAUGCGUAUCACUCGUUGAGUGAUAUCAUUGUUAGAGUGAGGACUCCGCCUCCUCGCCCGUUGCUGUGUCGGCCAAUUCUCAUUCAGCAUUCUGCCAUUGUACAAGCCGGUAUACCCAUACAGCUUGAAGCACAAAUUAAUUUCUCUUCUGAUCGUAAUGGAAACGGUAAUAGAACUGCAACAACACAAUCACAACCCUCAUCUACAAGUAGUACAGACAGUACUACCACUACAACAGCAAGUACCACAGCACCCUCUGGACACAUACCAUCAACGGUAGUUGGUUUCCCACUUAUCCCCGGAGUCCGAGUGGAAACGAUCCAUUUCCCUCACAUGCCUGGCUCAAUAAACAUUGACCGAUCGUCUCUUAAUACCAACAACAACAACAAUCGAGAUGUUCCCCAGCUACCACCAGACCUCCUGAACCAAGUACACCUGGCCGCUGCUAGCGCCGCUUCCGCCGCGAGUGGACAAUUCGCUUCCAAUGCGGCCGGCGUUCCGAGCAACGUCGCAAGGGAAACGUCCGGCCAAACCGCCGCCGCCGAUUCUACGACGAAUAGCGCUCAGCCGGGAGCCAUGAAUAAUCCUGUCGAAUUUUUUAUGGAAGUCACUCCCGAAAGUAUUACGAUUGAUUCGCUCGAGACUGCUAUUGUCGGCGGGGAUCAUACUAACGAAAUUUUGCAAGGAGCAUUGAAUCCUCCACCAGAACUCAUACAGUCAAUAAUGCAAAUGGCUGGACAAAUAAUCAACAGAGGAGCACAGGGAGCCACAGGUAACAUUUCGACUGUCGUAUCGGGAUCGGCCACGCCUAGCGCCCCCCAAUCUGAAGCAACUACCGAGUCUCAAAACGGUGCCGCGGUUACCUCCAACGGCGGCGCCGCUCGUGUAACGCCCUUUCAAAAUUCGCAAGCGAGAGGCAACACUCAAACACAACCCACCACCGCUACGCAUACGCGCUCUACACCACGACCCCACGUGCACUUGGCCCAACAUGCCAUGCAAGGAUUCGAUCCGUUCCUUCCGUGCAAUUCGCACCACGUAACGCGAAGGCGGCAACAACAUCAGACUAUUGGAGUGACGACGGCUCCAACCGGCACCAACCAAGCUGGCACCAAUGCAAGCCAAACCGGCCCAGACGGUAGCGGCGAAACACGAAAUUCCGAACAGAACAAUCCGCUUUAUAACAUUAUGCGAACAAUCAUUAAUACCGUUCACAAUGCGUACACGAGCACCCAACAAGGCGCACCUCCAUCAGCCACGGCGAACGCAUCUACCACAACACAAAGCUCCAAUCCACCUGCAGCCAGUCCACGUUGGGUAUCCAACCUGGAACACAUGAACCUCUCCGAUAGUUUCCUACGCAACUCGUCGCCUACAAUAUCGCAAUUACUGCAACAGUUCUCAGACGAAACCCACACUGAAGGAGAGAGUAUUUUUUCAGACUUAAUCAUGCUUUUGUCUCGCAAUCUGACGAUCAGCGACGUCAUACACAUAAACAGCGGGCGCUUAGAGCCGUUGAUUCGUAUUAGAACACAGCUGAGGAACUUCUUUUUGUAUCGCGUACUUGACGGAUGUCAAACUACGGCGGCGAUAGAUAGGGGCGUUGAAAGGUUAUUGACUGAACUGGAACCGUUUUUGGAACAUUUGGGUGGAUUACCGACGCGCGACGAUAUAGACAUAGUAAGAUCUGUUCAGACACUUUUAAGAGCUCGCCUUCCGAACAUCAUCUCUCUGGUAACAUCACGUAGCCCGAAUUCAUUAAAAAUGGUGGUGGAUCAAAUACGUACGACUGGUAGACAAUUAUGCGCGCUAGCCGUGCGAGCAUCUCAAAAUGGUCGCCAAGGCGUGGAGAACAUAUUUAAUUUAAUUGUGACCCGGUACAUGCAAGGUAUACCACAAGAUUUGCAACAGUGGACCUUGAUGACCAGUAGAGGGCAAAUGAGUUUAGUUUUGUCCACGUUGGACGUACCCGAAAGUAUUUUACAGCCGUACAUUGUAAGAGAGAUAGACGCGAUCACGCCCAGUUUGGGAAACGAGCCAGUCGUCCCUCAAGAAAAUUCCACUACUACACACGUAGAGUUAAUGCAGGUAGAUGACGAAGUAGUUGCAGCCGGUGGUUCAUCUCCAGAACAAAGCACUUUGCCUGCAAUAAACUUGGCGGAUGAUCCAGAACCUUUACCCCAAGUUGUGUUUGGUUCCGAAUCUUGGCACGGACAGGUGCCUUCCGAUUGGGUACCAAUAAUAGCGAGAGACACCCAAAGACAACGUAGGCAAAAUUCCCAACCACCCUUCAGUGACGCUUACCUUUCUGGAAUGCCUAGUAAGAGACGUAAAAUUGUUACUAAUUCUAAACCACAAGGAAGUCUUCCGCAAGUCAUCACAGAAAGUGUUCGGCAAGCUGUAUCUGCAAGUGGACUCUCUUCGGUUGCCCCCAUAGAAACGGUGGCGGCGGCCGCCGGAGCGGAUUUAAGCAUACAAACAGCCUAUCGCAAUUUGUUACGUUCCAGCGUGCAAUCUGGAUUAACAAAUAAUGAAGAUUUUACUCCAGAACGAUUUCCUAACGCUAAUAAUUACUUCAAUAAUUAUCCUCAAUAAAUUUAUAUUUAUUUGUUUGUCUUAUCAUAUUAUAUAUAUAUUUAUUUUUAAACUAUGUUGCAUUUAUGCUAAUAACAUUAAACAUCUUAGUUAAUUGUUCUAUGUAUGUUGACACCUUACGGAAGUUGUUCACGGUGUAGUCCAUAGAGGGCUUAAUUAAAAAAAUGUCCACAGUUUUGUUGAACGCAAUAAACUUUGAGUACCAUUUGGUGUUAGAGCUGUUAUUUUAUUGUUAUUCACAUGUUAGGUGACGCACAACUUGUAAUAAAGGAACAAACUUUUCCGGAACAA